GAGACUUCAAAGUCCCGUCGUGCAUCUCCCAUCUUGAUCGCAAGUUCACCAGAAACCUCGCUUUCUCCGCUAGACAAACCGGACUCUCCGCAGUCUACCGAUUUCGGCCGCGAUGUUCUGAACCCUGAACGUCCGAUGUCCUGCUCGACCUCGGGUACCACUCCUGCUCGCACUUCACCGUUGCAUGUAGACUAUCUGGACGAAGAUCAGGAUAAAACCUCUUCGAAUCACCUCGUGGAAAAAGUACACUCAGCAGACGUGACGACCGUAUCUUCACGUAAUGCCAAACGACGACGUCUGUCUACUGAACGAAAUGAUGUUUCUCCUAACUCUUCACAUUUUUCUGAAGCCAGUGAUUUACGGCAACUGGAUGAAGGAUUGUCUGCCUUCCGGAUUUGUGUGCUCUGCGGUGAGCCACAAACAGUAGAUACGUGGGAUGGCCAUCAGCUGACUCAUCGCAAUCCGCACAUGGAUUGGAAUGGGCUCGAACUGUCUAACCCUAACCGGAUUGUGCUCGCCCGACGUCAGACCAAAGUUUACCGAUUAAACGGUCAAACUACUGACAACCCGGUGGUCUGUUUCGCUUUUGCAUUCGAUUCUCAUGGCCAAGAGAAUUGGGACAAAAUCUCGUCUCCCGGGGAUCGGAUUGAAUCUUUUCCAAGCAACAAAGAGUCCGGAUCAAAUUAUUCGUGA